UCUGAGCUGCGUACUGUGUGUGUGUUUGUGUGUGUGUGUGUGUUAGGAAGAGGAGGAGAUGAUGGGCAGAGAGAAAGGGGGCUGAGUGAAUGUUUUGUUGCUCUAUAUGUGAUAGUCAUCCUGAUCUUAUUAAGGUCUGCAUUCUCCCUGUGCUUAUUCCUAUUAGACAGAGAGAGAGAGAGAGAGAGAGAGAGAGAGAGAGAGAGAGAGUUGAAUCAAAUAUGUGUAUGUGUGUCGAGGUGAAGGAAGCUGCUGUUGGGAGCUCCUGAAGGGGCCUGAUCUCAAACACACUGUGAAUUCUUCUUCUGCAUUUGCCUUCUUGUACUUCCAUCUUCUUUUUUUGUGUCUUACCUCUUUACAUCCUUUACUGUGCCAGAUGAAAAUGUCAAAGGGAGGAGAAACUCUGUCAAAUGGCUCAGAAAAAUCUGAUCUGUCGGUGGCUCUGGAGGACUGCAUGGCAGCGCUAGAUUUAUUCCUGCAUAAUGAAUUUGACAAGGCACUGUCUAGACUCAAGAGCAGGACUAAAGAGAGUAUGUAUCACGCGCUCACAUAUGCCACCAUUCUGGAAAUGCAGGCAAUGAUGACCUUUGACCCUGAGGACAUCUUGUCAGCAGGAAACACCAUGAAAGAUGCUCAGGCUAUUUGUCAGCGGUAUCGUAAGAAGUCCUCCUUCAACAGCAAAGUCUUUACAGAAGAGGAGCUGCAUGCUGAAGUGUGUUAUGCUGAGUGUCUCCUCCAGAGGGCAGCACUGACCUUCUUACAGGACGAAAAUAUGAUCAGCUUUAUUAAAGGAGGAAUCAAAGUGAGGAACAGCUAUCAAAUAUACAAGGAACUUCAUACAGUCCUGAAAUCCUCUGAUUAUGUUCAUGGUCAAAAUCAUGGCCACUUUGAGGGAGGAGUGAAACUUGGAGUGGGAGCGUUUAAUCUGAUGCUUUCCUUGUUGCCCACGAGGACCCUGAGGAUGCUGGAGUUUGUGGGUUUCUCGGGUAAUAAGGAGUUUGGACUGCAGCAGCUCCAGGAGGGCUCUGCUGAGCACACGUUUAGGUCUUUCCUGUGUAACAUGCUGCUGCUUUGCUAUCACACUUUCAUGAGCUUCAUACUGGGGACCGGAGAAGGAGACGUCGACGAUGCAGAGAAACUGCUGCAGCCGUACCUUAAACAAUACCCUAAGGGAUCUAUCUUCUUGUUCUUCGCUGGUCGAAUAGAAGAAAUCAAAGGCAAUAUAGAUGCUGCUAUUAAAUACUUUGAGGAGUGCUGUGAGGCCCAGCAGCACUGGAAGCAGUUCCAUCACAUGUGCUACUGGGAGCUGAUGUGGUGUUUCACCUAUAAGCAACACUGGAAGAUGGCCUACUUUUACGCAGACCUGCUCAGCAAAGAGAAUGCAUGGUCUAAGGCCAUGUAUGCAUAUAUGAAAGCUGCGUACCUCAGCAUGCUGAGUACAGAGGAGCGUCAGCCAUUUGGGGCAAGCGAUGUUGCAUUAUUCAGGCAAGUGCCUGGACUAAAGCAGAAAAUAGCUGGAAAGUCUCUACCCACUGAGAAGUUUGCCAUCCGCAAGGCUCGCCGCUAUAAUGUAGACAACCCUGUUCCUCUGCCUGCACCUCCACUGGAGAUGAUGUAUAUCUGGAAUGGCUACACAGUGAUUGGGAAGCACAAAGACCUGACAGAGGGCAUGUUAAAGACACUGAAUGAAGCUCAGAAGAAACUUGAACAGAAUCCAAGGACAGAGUUCUCCAUAGAUGACCAGUGUGUGCUGAGUCUGCUGAAAGGUCUGUGUCUCAAGCACCUAGGCCAUACAGAAGAAGCUGAGCACUACUUCACUCUCGUCCUCUGCAAUGAGACACAGAUCAAGUUUGACCACUACCUUGUACCAAAUGCUUUGUUGGAACACAGCUUGCUGUGUCUGGAGCAGGGCAGGAGAGAGGAAGCCAUCAAACUGCUGGAGAUGGCCAAACAGAACUAUAAAAACUACUCCAUGGAGUCACGGACUCAUUUCCGGAUCCAGGCGGCGCUGCACAAAGCGCAAGCCACAGAGGAGAAUGGGGAACGCUGCUCGCCCUCAAGCCCUUAACAACCACGGUAACGACAGAGUCCGAGAGGUCACAGGGUCAACAUAAGCCAUGCUCAGGCCUAAGGAGCUGGGUGGAGGCUGCACAAGUGCAGAAAUACAAACAACAGACAAGCAGGACUGAGUAUCUGAUGAGAGAAACCUCAGUCUCUCUCAUUCACACAUAUUCAUUAACAGUUACACACAAAACACAUGUCUGUAUAUCAGAGACAAUCAUAUAAUACAUGGAACCCCAGAUGCAUGCAGUGUGAAGAUACAGUCCAGCUCUGAAUGAGGUAAAACACUGAGCUGAUACAGAAACACUUGUGCUCGAGGCUUCGAGUAUUUUUUCUCACACACAUAACCUAAGGAUGUUUCUAACACGUUUGAGCAGCUUUUUUUGUUUUUCAUUGGUUUUGCCCUCAGAGGUGCUGACUGUUUACACUGUGGCCAGCAUGUGACCUCAAAAAACAGGCCAUGCUUUUUGGCCAAUCAUUAUUUAUUUUUGAAAUAAGCAUGUACACCUGUUAAUUCAUAAAUUGAUUCAAUCAGCCAAUCAUGUGGCAGCUGUGUAGUGCAUAAAGAGAUCAAAUCAUGAAGAUACAAGUCAAGAGCUUCAGUCUUAAAUAAAAUGCUUCUCUGCUGAGUGGUUAUUUGAGUUACCAUAGACUUCCUGUCAGCUCAAACCAGUCUGGCUGUUCCCCUCUGACCUCUCUCAACAAUAAGGCAUUUCUGCACAUGAAACUGAUUCUCACUGGAUUUAUUUAUUUAUUUAUUUAUUUUGCACCAUUGUGUGUAAAUUCAGUGUGUGAAAAUCCCCGGAAAUCAACCGAUUCUAAAAUAAAACCAUGCCACGGUUAAAGUCACAGUAAUCACAUUUUUUCCCAUUCUGGUGUUUCAUGUGAACAUUUCAUAUGAACUGAAGCUCUUCACCUCUAUCUGCAUGAUUUUAUGCAUUCCACUGCUGCCACAUGAUUGGCUGAUUUGGAUAAUUGCAUGAAUGUGUAGGUGUACAGGGAUUCCUAAUAAUGUGGUUUGUGAGUAUACAUGGCUAAUUUGUUUUCUUUUGUUUUUCUAUGUGUGCAUUACACACUUGUAAUUUGACAGAGAAAAUGGCCGUAUGGAUCGAAAUAGACAGAGCUCAAAAACUGUUAUAUUAAUUAUAUAUUACUUAUAUAAAAACCUCACAAAUAAAUGUUUCUCAGUAAAAUGACUUGAUUUGUUAGCACCCAAAAUCUCAAAUCAUUUUUAUUUCCAGCCAACCAACAAGAAACACCUAAUAUUAGAAAUUAUAACCUGCAUUGUUUACAGUGGGAAUGUGAAAUGAUGUAGUGUUUAUCAAUGCCCCCAGCAACUUUGUAAAUGAAAUAUUUUAACUACUUGAUUACACAAGCUACUUGAUUUAAAUUGUAUCAAUGCUAUGUUACUACUAGAAACUGUAAUUAAACUACUAAGCUUUAUUAUUUUUUAGCAGAACUGAUUCAUGUCAACCUGGAAUUUUCCCAUUAUCAGAUUACUUAAGUACAUGUAAAUGUGUUGAUUAUUGUGAAAAUCUGAUUUUUUUGUGGUUCUCGUAUUAUGUUGUACAUUGAUAUCAUGGUUUGCUUGUUGGACUGGUGUACUUUAGCAUUUUCUUUAGCCCAUUUUGAUUAAAAGGAACAUGUGCAUAACAUUGUUUUUAUUGCAUAAUAGAAAGUAUAAUAGCAGCCUCAUGUCUGUUUUCUCAUUUUUGUGUAGGCUGCACCUCCAUUACAUGUUUCUAACUAUGUAAAUGCAAUAUUGGGAGUUUGUGGAUUUCUUUAGAGUUAUUUCUUUCUAGUGUUAGUUGUCUGGGAUACUGGCUUUGUGAAAUUGUCCCAGUUUAAGUGGACAGCUGAAUGUGUCUUUUAGAAAGGCAGUCUCCGUCGAGGCGCAAACAGAUACCAAAAGUCUUUCAUAUUGGAGGACGGCAGACAGGGCUUUCUGCUCUAAUCAUAGCAAGGGAUGCAUUGAAAACCACUAUAGCCUUAUACUAAAAACAAAGAAAGAGAUUAAAAAAAAGACUUGAAAUAGGAUUUUUGUUAGGUUAUCGAAUACUACUAUACUGUAUGUACAAGAACCUUGAUCUUGUACGGUCUGUAUAAAUGUCUUUUAAUUAGAAAAAUUAUAAUAUUAAUAUGAAAUCUCAGAGAAAGGUCUAUUUUAAAGUUUGUGUUUACAUUCGUUGUAUUAAAUUAUGCUUUCUCAGCUUUAUCUCCAA